AUGUCUGCACAAAACCAACUCCCGACACCUUCCAAUGCCCGCAGUGCCACAACACACCUACAGACAUGGAAGGACUUCUCCAACGAUCUGAGAUGGAUGUUGAGGGUGGAGUAUACACGCAUCUGCGAGGGAAACAUGAUCAUCACGGAGGUAGAAGAGGAUGAGGGGGGUGAUCGUGAGUGGGCGACCUGGAUGCUGGACGAGCACUGGUUGGCUGAAAAGAUUGAUGACGAGAAGUAUGAGGAGAUGGUAGAGUAUUUGCGGGAGAAGGACGAUUAG